CUCCGCCCGCCGCCCGCCCUUCUAUGGUGCCCGCCCCGCGCCGCCGGCAGCCUGCGGCAGCUCCAGCCCCCGCGCCUCCACGCCAUGCCGGCUGGCGGGUCCCGGCCGCCCGAGCCGCCGCGGAGCUGAGGUGAGCUGACAGCGGCUUCUCCGCAGGAACUGCUAGAUAUAUGCUGAGUCUUUCAUGCAUAAAGGACUACCUCUUUAAUGACCUGCUCAUUAUCUUUGACAAACUGAUGAAACCAUAGGAAAAUGGUCUAAAAAUAUCUGGGGGGAGAUUAAGUGGUUCAACAAGUAACGCUCUAAUGGAUGACAGAGACUUUCCACCAAAUGAUCUGCAAAUAGACUCAAAGGACAGUCUUCCUACUAACUACAGGGUAGAAUGUUUGGCAUCUCAUUUGAUUCCUUCAGCUGAUGAAAAUGAAAAUCAACUUGACAGUGAUGGGAAUGAAGUUCUGACCAGUAGUAGCAUUGCUAUGGGACGACAGGAUAAAGGUGAACAGGAUAACAUCAAUAAUAAUGAGAAUAUGGACAGUGGAGACUGGAUCCCAAGCUGCAAGGAAAGUGAGACUGAGAGAAGAUCUGUAAAUGUCCAUAUGGACCCCCAGCUGGAGGAAAAGCCUGUCGCAGAAAAACAGCCAGGUGGAAAAAGAAGUCCAAGAAGCAAAAGAAGCUCCAAUAAAAAAUCUAAAGGCAUUUCUACAGUGGGAGCCUCAACAAUCCAGGAGGAAAAUGCUCUUAAUACAGAUACAGAUUUUGUGCAGGCUGAAAGUGCUGUUGAAACAAAGGAAAGCUUUCAUCCAAAAGACCAAAAGCAAACAUUGCAGUCUCUUUUCUCUUUGCUCCGUGAAGAGGUUGAGCAGAUGGAUUCAAAGAUACUGCCCCUGUGUCUCCAUCAGAUAGCUGAGACCUAUUUUCAAGAGGAAGAAUAUGAGAAGGCCAUUAAGUUCAUUCAGCUUGAACGACUUUAUCAUGAGCAGCUGCUUGCAAAUCUUUCUUCCAUACAGGAACAGUGGGAAAGAAAAUGGAAGACAGCAGUUCCCAGUCCAGUUACAGCACUGAGGAAUUCAGAUAAAGAGCUGAGUGGCCAAGAACUGGAGAAGCUUACUAGAGUUUGCUCUUCACAUCAACAGCCACAGGCAUCCAAAAAUAAGCUAGUAGCUGCAGAAAAUACAUGGGAAAGCAGUUGUUUACCUCAGUUAAUGGAGUCCAGAACUUUAAAGGAAAGAGAAGCUACUGCUUUUAAAUCAGGUACUGAAACUUGUCCUGGCAUUGCACCAAAGAAAGAAGAUAAACAGCCGAGCACUGUUUGCCCAGGUGAAAACAAAACUGAGAGACAGACAGAGGCAGCAAGUGUUUGGGUAGCUGCAGGAAAGAACCACAUGGAGGAGCAGCACUGCAGUGCUGAAUCAACGCUGGAGCCACACACCCAGUCCACAGGGACAGGGGGCAGGCCUUCCUCGGGCUGUUUAUCAUCUGGGGAUGCUGGUAAAGAUAACAGCCUGCAGCUGAGGGAAAGACAGCUCUCCAAGGAUGCAGUGGAAAUAGAAGGGGCUGGGGAGCCUGGAGUGAAACUCCCUCUUGAGCCAAUGGUAGAUGCUUUGGCUUUAACAGAUGAUGAUUAUAUGCCUACUGAUUUGGUUCCUUCUGAUAAAGAUGUGCCAGCUGAUAGAAGUCUGCUCAGAUCAAAACAUGCUGCUGGGUCUUCAGAAAUUCCUAGUGGCCAGCUUGGAAAUAGUGAUUUAAAGCAGCAACAGAUACAGCCUGAUGAUGAUGAUGAUGGACAGUCUUCAUGGGACAGAACUGCCUCAGGUGAAUGCUCUGGGUGUAAUGAAGGGUCUGAGCAUGCGAGUGCUGCCCAUUCACAGGUGUGCAAGGAAAUAGGACAGAAGGAGAAGGUCAAUAAUGAACACGAAGAUUUAUUUCUGAGAUUUUUGAAUGGAAACAUAAUAGACACUGAAGAAUCUGCAGACUUUGCAAACCAAGAGGACUUUGACGCUGUUCCAGAUAUUUCACCUGAACGAGCAUCUUAUAACUCCCUGGAAGCUUUAUCUUUAGAUGACAGCUUUUCUUCUCUUGAUGAACUUACAAGAAGGAUAGAGAUUACUGAGAUUACCCCAGUGGAAGGAUUGGUGUCUAUACUAAAGAAGAGAGAUGACAGAGAUGGAAAAACAAUUGCUCAAGUCCAGCAAAGGCAAACAAAGAGAAGAGUGAGAUUCCAAGAAAUGGAAGACACAUUGGAUCAAGAUGAAGUGUCUGGUGGCUCCUGUAUUUUGCUGAUCCUGCUGUGCAUAGCAACUGUUUUCCUUAGCAUUGGAGGAACUGCACUGUACUGCACCUUUGGUGACAUGGAAUCCCCUGUGUGUACUGAUUUUGCAGCCAACAUGGAUUUCUAUUAUACACAGAUACUGCAGCGUGUGGAAGAACUUAAACACUGGAUAGCCUUCUCAUAGCUGAAAGGAGUGGACACAGCACGCUCAGAGCUCACCUGCGGCUGCUGGAGAGAGUAGAACAAAAUUGUGAUUUCAAGUUCUUUAACACUUGCCACCUGCAGGUGAUGUGUAUUUGAUGAGAUACUUUCACAUUUACUUAGAAAUCAAGAAAAUUUUAGUUUAGCAAUCAGGUGGCACAAUGUUCACAUCUGUUCACAACUGUAGCAGCGUGGUAUGGGAGCAUAAAAAGUCAUUAUCUUCAUCCUUUUGAAAGUAGGCAAGUAGCUUUUCAUCCACUUGAGCAAGUGAAGAAGAAGGAAGAAAAUUAACUGUCUUCUGUAUUCUCUCCCAUUGCCACACAUUGUGUAAGCAAUCUCUGGAAGCUUAGAAAAAGGACAGCUUUAAUUUACAGCUGUUUGUGCAAAGGUGUUGCCUCCAGCUAUCAUGCAAUAAGUCUCUGUUUUAUGGAAACAUUAUUUUUUUUUCCUAAGUCUUAAUGUUUUUAUCCAUUUUAUUUCUCCUGGUGAGCCAUGUAAUUCUUUGGGUGGAGUGAGAAGAGUGCAGUGGCAUUCACAGAGCCCUCAUUUGGUAAUUACCAGGCUGACCCUGUAUCUUACAGCUUGCAGUGAAUAUCAUGAAUGGGAUAAAUCUGCUGGCAGAUUUCACUAAAUUUCUUGGACCUUUACUCUCAGUAUCGUGUGGGUUGUUCUAGAAAUGGAAGGUUAAAAAAGAAAUCACUGGUCUCACUAAACAUGGAAACAAAAGAUGUUUACUAAAUUAUUCAUAUUAAAUAA